AUGGCCCGAGCCAUAUGUGAUCUUGAUGCCGUGUCCCGUUGGGCAGUCACCGGCACGCCAGUCCAGAAUCGUCUUGGUGACUUGGCCACACUUCUCCGCUUUGCCCGUGCUUACCCCUACACAGAUCCUAAACAGUUUGAAACAGAUGUUUCACAGCUUUGGAAAGAAGCUCGAUCCGAAGAAGCUGUUCGGAGGCUGACUCUGCUAUCAUCUACAUUGCUACUACGCCGUCCGCAAUCAACCAUCAACCUACCGCGUCGCCAAGACUGGUCUUCUGCCGUGGAGUUCUCCUCCAUCGAACGAAAGAUAUAUGGCGAGGCCAAGGAGAGGGUCAUCCUCAAGAUUGAUGAGGCUUUAAACAAUGGCAGCGAAACAUCACGCUCUUAUACCUACGCAAACGUCCUUCAGCAGAUUGAAAGUCUGCGGCUAAUUUGCGACCUGGGCAAAUAUUUUCAUUGCAGACACAAGCAGCAAGAAAAUCAAUUGGAUGCUGCAGACUUUAGUAAUGCUUGGCAAAACAUUGCCCAGGCCACCUUUAAUAGCGAGCGCGAAAUGGGAGCCCUUAUCUGCCAUCAGUGCCAAGAGAAGGUUGACAUGACGCAGACAGCACUCGAAUAUUUUUCUGCGAGCACCAAAGCCAUGUUCUUCGCCUGCUUGACUUAUCUCUGUCCAGAGUGCACUUUAAAAGUCGGACCAAAAUCACGCAUGCCGACUUGUGGGCACGCGCCCUCCUGCGACGUGACGCAUGUCUCCACCGCCGCAGAAAGCUUAGAGGAGGUUCACGAUACGGCGGCAACCUGGUCGUCUCCUCCUCUGACGACGCAAUUCGAGGCACCAUCAAAGGUCCAGGCCUUGGUAGCUGACAUCUGCCGGCAGCCUCCUGGCACUAAAAGCGUCGUCUUCUCUACAUGGAGAAUGACACUCGAUCUUGUCGAAAAGGCGCUUACGCAAGCCUCUAUCCCCAAUGUGCGUUUCGACGGCAACGUGAAGCAAAAGGAUAGAAGGAGCGUGAUGGACAAGUUUAAAAGCGACCCAAACGUCCGCGUCAUGCUUCUCACACUCUCGUGUGGUGCUGUUGGCUUAACUCUUACUGUCGCGUCCCGAGCUUAUCUGAUGGAGCCUCAUUGGAACCCAACUCUCGAAGAUCAAGCCCUGGCCCGCAUUCACCGCAUUGGGCAGACUCGUGAAGUCACUACAAUCAGGUUUUUCAUCCGUGACUCUUUUGAAGAAGAGGUAAUAAAGCUCCAAGCAAAGAAAAGGCAGCUCGCCGCAGUUCUCCUUGGACCCCACGAUGGAAGCUUGGACAUCGGCAACAAGUGCUGGGAUCGUCUUCACGAGUUGCGACAGCUUUUGUAG